GCUGUUUACCACGCAGUGACAACUUUCGGAGCUAUUAACUUAGCAAUGACACGAUGACGUUUGACAUAAACUACCAGUCACUUGGCUACCGUGCCAAAAGACCUGUAGCGGAUUCACGUCAACGGGCCACGAGAACGCCUCCGGUCCAUGGCGGAACGCCUCUCUAAAAAUGGUGAGCAUUGAGAGAAUAUGACAAGCUCACCACUAGAUAUCAGAUAACUCUGUCCAACCAUUUGUAAUGUCUGCAUAAUAUCGGAGUGGCUCCUCAGUUGCCUCCUCUGAGUUUGAGCCGGAGAAAAGUCGUUUGGCCGAUGGAACUCAAAUCACAACUGGUAUGCAAAAGGUGAAGAAAAUGGGGUUAUGGACAAAGGUACCCACACCAACUGCCAAAGACCACAAGCGCAUCGUCGCAAUAAGGUUUUUUGGGCUUUCGAUUUUGGCGCAGCCAAGCGCAGCCAUCAUGCGACCGCGGGUGCCUGCGCCAGUAGCGCCUAUCCACGACUCGGGAUUUAAGGUUUCUGAAGCUAUCCAGACUCGGCCAGCCAGCUUCAAUAAAGCUUAGUCUCUCAUACCCACGACUCACAAGAGGCUACCACUGGAAUGUAGGCUAUCAAAACCAAGGAAUUGAGAAUGCUUGUCCACUAUCGACCCCAUUGGUGACAUUGUAUCUCAUACUACGGCGCAUGGCUCUUUAUGUUUCCUUGAUUGAGGCUCAGGGACACCCAAAACGGGUAUAAUCCGAAUGCCUUCCCGUUAGCAAAGUCAGUUUACCAGGGCGUUGUUCCUGGCUAAAUUUGUUUCGAGCGUUAUAUUUGAGACGAUCAUGUCCCGAUCAGUUCAUUCCCAGUAGUCAUCUCGAACCUCAACAUUAUCGUCUCACGGGUGUUGAACAAGGGCUUGCCAAUAUCCUUUCCUUGUUCCACCUCACCCACUACUUGUACAUCCAAGAUGGUCAACCACACAAAUAGCUUCCUCGGGCUGCUGGCUCUCGCUGCCUGGGUCGAGGGAUACUGGCGCAUGUCGUGCAGUAUCAUACAGACUGGCCGAGUUGAUCCCAUCAUUGCCCCCGGAACCUUCUCAGCACAUGUCCACAAGCUCUCUGGGGCCAGCAACAUCAACGUUGACUCCACCUUUGACAGCCUUCAGGCCUCAAGGUGUACUUCCUGCGAGGUCCAGGACGAUAAAUCGGCCUACUGGACACCCCAGCUCUUCUAUCAGCACGCGAAUGGGAGCUUCCAGAUGGUUCCAAACGGCGGGACUGUGAUAUACUACCUCGGGCGUGGAGAGAACAAGACAAACAUCGAGCCAUUCCCUCCGGGGUUCAAGAUGCUAUCUGGAGACAACUUUGUUCGAUCUUAUGAUUCGAAGACAAAAACAUACAGUAAUUCAAGAUUCUCAGGUCGCCCAGUGGCCGACCGAGUCAGUUUCGCAUGCUUGGAUAGCUCAGGGCCUUCAAAGGAGCGUAACUACAUGUGGAAGACAGAUUGUGAUAACGGCAUGAGAGCCCAGAUCCAUUUCCAAUCAUGUUGGAAUGGACAGGAUUACCAGUCUGAUCAAAGCCACGUCGCCUACAUGUCCCAAAUAGACAAUGGCAUCUGUCCCCCGACUCAUCCACGCCAGCUUCCUCAUCUGUUCUUCGAGGUCAUCUAUGGGGUCAACAACAUCGACAAAAGCAAAGGUGGCCGAUUUGUCUUUGCUAAUGGAGACACUACUGGCUAUGCGUUUCACGGCGACUUCCUAAACGGCUGGAAUUCGACUGUUCUUGCGACUGCUAUCAAAAAAUGCAUCAACAAUGAUAGCAUCGGAGGAGCAAUUUCGAAAUGCCCUAUACUUGCCGCUUCACAAACACCAUACUUUAGCGACAAUUGCCCAGAGAUGGCGCCCCUGAUUGAUGAACCCAUUCGAGGCGUAAUUGAUGCUCUUCCUGGGUGCAACAAACCUUUCAGUGGACCUGGCAGAGCUUCACCGGUAGCAUGCGACGCAAAGCCAUCCAUCAACAACCUUGGAGAUGCUGGUAUCGGAUCUAUGUCUGAUCCUGCUAUAGGGGACAAGGUUGGCUCCUGGUCUUUCGUUGGCUGCGCUCUUGAAGGCAGUCGCAGAACCUUGAACAAGUUUGCUGUGACCUCAAAUAGCAUGUCUAUUGAGUAUUGCACAACGACCUGUAAAGCGAAGGGCUAUCCACUCGCUGGAAUGGAGAAUGGCCGGGAGUGUUAUUGUGCGGGAUCGCUCACAUCGGGUGCCUCGUACACCAAGGCUUCAGUAUGUACGUCAACACGCAAAAUGACUUGUGCAGGCAACAUGACACAGUAUUGUGGAGGACCAGGCUUUCUCACAGUAUGGAAUGACACCUCAUACACACCGCCUGCAGAGCUCAUCGUUGGCCAGACUCAAAUCUCAAAAGGCAUGGCUACAUACUAUGGAUGCUACGCCGAAGGCAACACUGGGAGGGCACUCUCAUCUGACAGCACGGCGGACGUGACUGGCAUGACAAACGAGAAGUGCGUUGCAUUCUGCCAGGCAGGCGGGUAUAAAUAUGCCGGCACAGAAUACUCCCAAGAAUGCUACUGUGGCAACGAUAUUGUCAAUGGCGGCUCCAACAUAACCGAUAUAUCUCAGUGUUCGAUGCAGUGCAAGGGGAACAUAUUCAGCUACUGUGGUGCCGGAAAUAGAUUGAGUGUAUGGAAAAUCAAGCAACCCGAUCAACCCACAGGACCAAUCACGGCACUUGAUGGUGCUGCCCUAUGGACAGGCUGCUACACGGAUGGAGGGUCAGGGGGCCGGACACUUCCUAGUGCCUCCUUCACAGGCUCUGCCGUCUCUCUCGAUACCUGCUUUUCAUUCUGCAGCAAACUCAACUACCCCCUAUUUGGAAUGGAAUAUGGACAGGAAUGUUACUGCGGUUACUCGCCCAAGACGCAGGCCACUGUUGCGCCAGAUGGCGACUGCAGAAUGCCAUGUGCGGGAGAUUCUUCCCAGAAAUGUGGUGCCGGUAAUCGCAUAUCCAUUUGGAACAAUACACUUUAUACUCCCACUGUCAACCUCGAGGCUCUUAACACCCCACCAAAAUAUCUCGGGUGCUAUACGGAAGGGAAAGGCGCGAGCGCCUUAGGAGGUGCCAAGACAACAAACAAGAAGAUGACUCUCAAUGUCUGCUCAAAGUUUUGUUCCAGCAAAGGAUAUCCUUACUUGGGACUCGAGAACGGAGAGGACUGUUACUGCAGUAAGAAGGGGCCCUCUAAUGGUAGUGUUGAAGCUCCAGCAUCGCAGUGUAGUGUUGCCUGCAAGGGAAACAAGUCCCAGAAGUGCGGUGCCAGUAAGAGGUUAAACGUCUACCGGCUCGCCAGAGUCUCAAAGACUAGGUCCGCUGCCACAACGCAAAGAUUUACUGUGAGAAGACCAAGGCAGGGAGGCAGAUGAGCCCUUGAGGGGGACUUGAAUACCUUAUUUAACGUACCUUUAGCUGGGUCACUUUUAUAUAUGACCACGCUGCAUGAUUAAUAUGAACUUUUAAUUGAAGCUAUGCUGAACUUCCGUCUCAAUUAAGAUAGUCGCCUUGCGGUAUUGCAUGCUAUUGUUGGUACA